UGCAAGAGUUAAAGUUCCCUCAGUUGACAGAAGCAACUGUGAACUUCAGUAAAAGCUGUUCAUUGACGACAAAAGGAAAGGGUCCUGCCUCUAUCGACGGCUCCACCAAUCCCAGCGUGUGGAGCAGACGAGCCUUCAGCAGCCUUCCCCAAAUCUACUCUUAAAGCAGCUUAAUACUACAGAGACGAGAGCAUGAUCUGCCACGAGACGCUUCAUGUCUCAAGGGCACAUUUAACGGCUAAUGAAGCAUUCUUCAGCAAAGAGAAACGGAUCGUACUAGAACUUUAAACACCAAGGAUUAAUGCGAGUGAUUUAGAAAGUGCAUGGGCCAAGGAAUGCUAUAAUGAAAUUACUAGCUGCAGUAUUGAAGUUAGGCUUUGGUGGUCAAAUUCCCAGAAAUGAACAAUGUUGCCUUCUUGAAUGUCUUACAGUUGAUAUGCAGAUAGCAGCACUACAACUGAAAACCUGAAUCAUUCAUAGCAGGGAACUGUACAAGUGGUUGCCGCACUUUGGACAGGCAGUAGCCAGGAAUGGUGGAUCACUUGCUGCUUGAUGAAGAGACUUUCUUUCCUUACACUUGUUUGCUGCCAGUCCACAACCCAUCGGAUAUGGUGACAGACGAGGGGGUGUACCAUAUGCUUCCAUCACCAUUCUCAGAGGAUAACCUGAGUGACUCAUCUAGUCCAUGUUCCUGUUCCAGCCCUGAGUCUCAGGUGUUGGGCUCUAGUUGUGGGAGUAACUCAAGUGGAGACAGUCAAGAUGGCCUCCUUGACUUCCUUCACUCUCAGUCCCUAACUGUGAGCCAAAACACGCCAUCCUCCACCACCAUAUCUCCCAUGGUCCCUCCUGUUCUGCCCAUGGGUCUGGCUUGGGAGUCACGACGGGACCGCACCACCAAAGAGGAGUGCUUUGAGUUCCCGGUUUUCCCUGGAGAUUUGGAGGACCAUGAAGGGCAACUGUUUCAGCCCACUCUGGAGGAGAUCGAGGAGUUCCUGGAGGAGAACAUGGAAGUGGUAGCCUUGAAAGAGGAAGCUGGAGAGGGUCUAGUGACCUGUGAGAGCAUCCAAGGACCUACAUCUGAACCUUGGGCUCAAAACUUAGACCAAACAGUGCCUGUCUCAUGUGACAUAGUUGACGCCAACUCUGAUCCCAAAAGUGCACAAUACGCAGAAGGGGCCUCUACAAAUCCUCAGAACACACUGAAAAAGGAGGACUCUUCUGGGAAGGUAGUGAUGGUGGAGAGUCCAAGCAUGCCUGUGAUCUUACAGCUCCAGCCCAUUCAAGUGAAAGAGGAACUAAGCCCUAAAACUGCCCCCUCGCCACCAACACCACAACCUGCCUCAGACAUCAAAAUAACCCAGCUCCUUGUCAACAUCCAGGGUCAAACCUUCGCCCUGGUUCCUCAGGUGAUCCCACCGGCAAGCCUUAACAGCUCUUCCUCCAAGUUUGUCCGUAUUGCCCCAGUACCCAUUGCCGCUAAGCCCUUAGGUCUAGGGGAGAACGGAACAGUUGAUGGCCAGGGAACAGGGCUUGUAGUUGGGGGUCACAAAUUCCAGAAGAGCUCGGUAGCUGAUCUUAUUAAAAUGCACAAGUGUACUUUUCCUGGCUGUGCCAAAAUGUACACCAAGAGCAGCCACCUAAAGGCGCACCUGAGGAGACACACUGGUGAGAAACCAUUUGCCUGCACUUGGCCUGGCUGCGGCUGGAGAUUCUCCCGGUCGGACGAGCUGUCACGGCAUCGCCGGUCUCAUUCUGGAGUUAAGCCCUACCAGUGCCCCGUCUGCGAGAAGAAAUUUGCCCGCAGCGAUCACCUGUCCAAACACAUCAAAGUCCAUCGCUUUCCACGAAGCAGCAGGACAGCGCGCACUGCACACUGACCCCACAAAACCCCCCACCAUGGAGAGAGCUAGAGAUAGAAAGACCGAAGGAAUGAAAGGAAGAAAGAGAGAAAGACAGAUUCAUUUGUGGUACUGUGAUAAUUUAUUACAUGAGGCUCGGUUGAACUGAAGAAGAGUUUGUUCUGAAACUGUUACUUGACUCGUCGGCCUCACGGAUGUCGUAAGCUUUGUAGAUUGUAUUUUUGUAGCGUUCAUGAUUGUUUUCUAUGUUUUGAGAACAAAUUUGUUUGCAACAUGUAACAUUCAAAGCAUUUUUUGUUGUACUUUGAGGUAUGAAUUGUUGAUGUAUCUGCCAGUCAUCAACAUUCCUUGUUCAAAAUCAUGAUAAAGUCACUUCUUUUUGCCAACAUAACGUGUUUAGCUCCUCUAAACCAAAAAAAAAAAAAAAAAAACUCGGGUUCAUUUGAACUACUGAUCAUUGGUAGGACUAUGCCAUUAUAAGCUAUUGGCAAACACAGAGGCUUUUCCUCUUGACUUUCAGUUGUAUGCUAGCAAACUGUGAAACGCGUCCGGACAGACCAUAGAGCGAAUUGACAAAGAAUUAAAACACGCACAUUUGACGUAUGUGAAUGGGCCUUCUGAUCAGUAUUGAAUUUUUCCUGAUGUUUUAGUUGAUAAUACAAAACUUUUUCAUUUCAUUCUUCGUUUUUGUCAUUGGUUGCUUUCAUCUGAAAAAAAUUAAAACAAGAUACCUUCUGGGCCUUUUUCUAAUCUAAAUGUUUGCAGCUGGGGCCAGGGAAGUUGUGGUUAGAAACAUUUCAUAUCUGAGAAAUCUGACGAUCUGAGUCAGUAAGUUGAUAGCUAAGUUAGGUCAAUACAGACGAUCAAACCUUUCUAACUUGCCUCAAACAGUCCUUUUGAGCUGGGACUAU